AUCCCUCCCAUUCCAGAAGUUGUGGGGUUUUAAUGGGGUAAGAAAACUUAACACAGUAUAAGUAAGAGGGGAAUGAAAGCCCCUUGGAUUUCACUGGGGUUGUUUACUCUGGGAGUAAACACCCACAGCACCCCGUUUGGAUCCGACCUGUUGGAAGAUCUCAUGAGUUCUGGCAUUUUAAGGAGGUUGAAUCCCAAGACCCAGCCAUCCCCUCAGAGUGGGUCCCAGCUUCGCCAUGAUUAAGAUUGGAAGACCCAAAAUUCCCACGAUGCUGUAAGUUUGACUUACCCACUGGAAAAGACCCAUAUAUCCUGUGGUUUCCGUGGGACUGAUAUCCAGGAAGCCUUAAAUGAUGGGGCUGGAAGGAGGACUUUAUGGAUGUGAUGACCCUGCAUACUGGAGAGCGGUUUUGAAUGUUUACCAGGAUGUGGUCAUGGCCAAAGCGAGCAAGAAGGGGAAAACCAUUGCCUUGGAUAAAUGGUAUCAAGAGGAGCUGCCAAUUGCUGUUUCCGGGCGGAAGGACAAACACUUGACAAAAGAAGAGCUGGUGAGGCUGAUGGAAUGGAAGCUUUCCAGAGGCAAGUUUCGCCCUCGACUCCAGCAGCUGGUGGCCACUAACUCCAGCGAGAUGGUGGAGAGCUGUACCAGAAAAGCCUUCCAGCUCCUCCCUGACGUAGCAGCUGCCAUGACUGAGCUGUGCAAACUCAAGGCUGUGGGGCCCGCCACAGCUUCAGCGAUUCUGACUUCCGGAGCCCCGGAAGCAGCUGCCUUUAUGGCCGACGAAGCAGUAGAGUCUCUGCCAGGCCUUGUCCCUGUCCAGUAUACCCUCAAGCACUACCUGCUCUACCUUGACGGAAUCCAGAGCUGUGUCAAGAAGCUAAACGAAGCUGAUGCAGAACAGGCCUGGACGCCUCACCGUGUGGAGAUGUGCCUCUGGGCUUGGGCCAUCGGCAGCAAGCUGCAGCUGCCUUCGUUGCGGGCUCUAGGCGGAGAGGGAGCAAAGGCAGGGGACGGGGCAGAAGCAGGCAGGCCUAAGAAGAAAAGGAAAGCAACAUGAAAAAUCCCAGGGUUCCAGGGCUGCGGCUUUAGAAUUGACCUUUGUUCCUUCGUGCAUGAAUACUGAAGCUGAACUACACACACACAUGCACACACACACACACACACACACACACACGAAAAGGCCGUUCUGUUAUCCUGGAUCUCCAGGACAAAUCGCCAGGAGAGUCUGCACCAGUGAUCAUUCAAGACCUUUGAACCUCUGGAGCAAAUAGUGCAGCUGUGGAAAACUGGUCUUCCCUCUCAGGACUCUCUUUCACCGUCUGCAGUGUGGAGCAGCACAUGGCAAAAUGUAGAUCAGCCUUCCUUCCCACCCGCCCCACUCCAAAUAAUUCGAGAAUGGUAAGUCACUCAUAAAACAGAUUGGGCAUCCUAAUGUUAAGCUUGUGGUUUAUGGCUGGAGCCUCACAGCUGCUCAGGAUCUGGGAUGAGCUUUAUAUUUGUGGGUGGGGAGGAGUUUUGCCUCCAGUUUGAUGACUAUCUAGUGAUUAUCUUUCCAUGUAAUGUAAGGUUUGACGGACUUGUGUCGUCAGGAGCAAUUUGCUGCUUGGGUACCACUAGGGGGAGCACCUCCACUGGAAAUGCCCUCCCUUCAAAACUCCUCCCCUCCUGUGCAAGCAUUCUGUAAGAUUGUGGUCUACUCUAGUCUACUUUGCACGCAUUAAUGGAUGAAAGCUCUGCUAUCCAGAUCCUCUGACAAGUAGGGAAGCAGAGGUGUUCAACUGACUAUCCUUUUUCCUCCCCAGCUCUGUCACUGCUAGUGAAAUAAACACAACCAAAGCACAAUUUAUUUUUGGAAUCUGAUUUUGCUUUACAAAAUCAAGUUUUAUAUUAGCAAAAUAGAUAUUUAAGCUAUUAACAACAAGAAUUAAAUACAUUAUCUCUCUCACUCUCUCACACAUGGUGAAUAUGAGAUAUGUGCCCAGCUGCAUUACAACAGAGGGAAGCUAUAUUUCUGAAUAUUAUCCUAGCAUUUCUCAUUGUAGUUCUUUUCCAAUAAAGUCCUUAUUUUCCUACGAA